GGAAAGUUUUCAAACCGGAAUGAGUUUCAAAAGGAAAGAACCGGAUUUCACGGACAGUCCGGCUCGUUUAAACCGAGGCCCGGAGCAGGGCUGCAGGAAGCCGCCGUGGAUGGAGACAAAACCUUCGUUUUCUCUGCUUGGGAGCGAAGAUCAAAGCCCCGAAGCAGCUGAGGAAAGAGAUGCUCCCGACUGCAGCGGACCCAGUGGAGGUUCUGGCAGAGCCCAGGCCCGGUUUCACAGCAGAGCCGGGAAGCUCAGGAGCUCCAGGAGCAGCUGGGCAGACGUGAGGCAAAAGAACAAGAGAUUGCACCAAAGUGUGAUUAAAGUCCUGAGUCAGCGGGUCUCUGAGGGCCGCAGCUCCACACAGGAUGGACACUUCACCUUGACAGGAGAGACCAGACGUGAAAUGAUGCAGAACCUCUACAUCCAGAAAGGGAUCAGCAUGGUGAAUGUGGCUCCUCUGCAAGAGUCCUGUUUGGAGAACAUCCAUGACCUGAUCCCCUCCAAGCUGAGACUCCUGAGCACCGAGCUGAGCCUGCUGGAUGAUGAGAUCAAGGGGGAAUAUCUGCACAGCAUCAGGACCGCAAUCUUAUCGUAUCAACUCAAAGAUUCAAGCGGAAGUGAGACGGGAGAGGAGACGGAUCUGCCUCCUCACAGACUAGAAAUGGAAAUGGUGCCGAAGCCGUGGAAUCGCUCGUUUGUCCAAGCGAGGAAGAGGAUGAAUCAAAAUCUUCACUGUGUCAGACGCUCCCUGCUGCAACUGAUGCUUCUGUGGCACGAAUUUUACAAAGACGUCCGUCUGAUUGAUGUGGCAGAGUUCUGCAGCAGAGAAAAGUUCGUCGAGCUGUCCGAGUUUCAGCAGAUGGUCACUGAACAUGCUGAUCUCACCAAAACCUUCCUCCUGGAACAUUGGCUCUCUGAUGUGCACAACGCUUUCUGCGUGGGCAGCGUGCAAAACCAGCUGCUUUCCCUCAGCAAGAAGGGCAAACUUGAAUCUUUCUUCAACUGCGUAGCAGCUCUGAUGACCCUGCAGCUGCAGAAACUCACCCUCAACUCACUGAGUGACUACACAAGAUUCAUUUCUAAGGAUUUGCAUUCAGAGAGAACCAGAGGGACACCGGGCUUUGUUGUGCAUCUGAUCCUGGAGGACACGGACAUAAAGUUUGAGCCAGACUUCAGGACGUAUGAGGAGGCCGUCAUUAGCGCGUUUGAGCUCAUGCUCAGGUCCACCAGACGUAUACCACGGGUAGAAACCGUACUGUUUCCAGAUUGGGAGUGCAAUGUGGGAAAAACCUUGCAGCCCAUCAUCCUUCCAGAGACCGUGCAGGCCCAGCAGGAGGAGGUGCGCAGGGCGUUCUGGGCUGAGACAGAGAAGCCCACAGAGUUCGUCCACCGGUACGACCAGUACUCCAUGCUGGUGUCCCGGCAGGCAGAGGAGAAGGUGCAGCAGUUCCUCAGUCAGCGGAAAUCCUUCCAAGACAUCAUGGAGGAGGCCGUCUACUAUCACCAGCUUGCAGAGGAGAUUCAGUACAUGCCGUGCAAAGUGAUACAGCUCGGCAUGUUUGAGGUCCAGUCCCACAAGCUCAUCCACUCACUGGUCAAACGUGCUCAGGAGCUCAAACAAAAACUGGCCGUGCAGAUGUUACAGGACCAUCAGGAAAUCAACAGAAACCUCUGCCAUGAGUUUGAGAAGAUUUCAGAGAAGGCUCUGAGCUCGCCAGCUGAUACCCUGACACUGAUGGAGCUGAAGACCUACAUUGAGAAGGUUUUGAGCACAGAAAUGCCUCUUCUGGAGCAGCGGCUGGCUGACUCCAACAGACAGCUGUGUUCCCUCGUGGACUUCGUCACCCUGACGCCAGAGGAGCAGGAGCUCAACGCUGAAACCGUUCACUGGUUUCGCCGGAUGCCGCCCAUUUUUGAGAAAAACCGGCAGAUAAUUGAAGAGAAAACAGAGCUUUACCAGUCUGAACUGAAGAUGCACCGGGAGCGUUUCACGGACGAACUGGAGAGCUGCAGCGUGCAGAUGAAGGAGUUUCUUGGCUUUGGUGAGCUGUCAGAUCUGAGCAAGUACCUGAAGAAAGCGCAGGCCCUCAAUGCCAGGCUGGACUCAGCCAGUGAGAAGAUCAACGAGCUUAAUCUGGAAGAAGAGGCCUUCGGCUGGCCGGUGUCCCAGUACCCGCAGCGGAAACAGAUCCAGGACAGAUUCACACCGUUUCUGCGCCUGUAUGAGACAGCCUACGACUUCCUGACGCACCAUGAGCAGUGGCUCUGUGGGCCGCUCUCUGCUGUCAUUCCAGAUAAGGUGGAGGGUGAUGUUGGAAACUACUGGCGCACUUUAUACAAGCUGGAGAAAGGCUUCAGUGAGGUGCCCAAUGCCCUGAAAAUAGCCAGAACCAUAAAGGCCAAAGUGGAGGACUUUAAGGAGCACAUUCCCAUGGUGCAGGUGUUGUGCAACCCGGGCCUGCGCACGCGCCACUGGGACGCCAUGUCAGAGCUGUCCGGCUUCGUCCUGCACCCUGCCGACGAGCAGGCGUGCGUGGCUCAGUACCUGUCCAUGCAGCUGGAGCAGCACCUGAGCAGCUUCGAAGGCAUCAGCGAGGCGGCCAGCAAGGAGCACUCUCUGGAGAAGGCCCUGGAGAAGAUGGGCGGCGAGUGGCGGGACAUAGAGUUCACCCUGCUGGCCUAUCGGGAGACAGGCACCUUCAUCCUGUCCUCCGUGGAGGAGAUCCAGCUGCUGCUGGACGACCACAUAGUGAAGACGCAAACUAUGAGGGGCUCGCCCUUCAUCAAGCCUUUUGAGCAAGAGAUACGAGAAUGGGAGGGCAAGCUGCUGCUUUUGCAGGAGAUCCUGGACGAGUGGUUAAAGGUGCAGUUCACCUGGCUCUACCUGGAGCCCAUCUUUAGCUCCCCAGACAUCAUGGUGCAGAUGCCUGAGGAGGGACGCCGCUUCACAGUCGUGGAUAAAACCUGGAGGGAGACCAUGAUGCAGGUUACCGAGGACAGACACGUUUUAGCUGUGGUGGCCAUCGAUAAGAUGGUGGAGAACCUGAAACAGUCUAACGAGUUCCUGGAAAGCAUCCUCAAAGGUCUGAAUAACUACUUGGAGAAGAAACGCCUCUAUUUUCCUCGGUUUUUCUUCCUCUCCAAUGAAGAACUUCUGGAGAUCCUCUCCGAGACCAAAGACCCCACAAGAGUGCAGCCCCAUCUGAAGAAAUGCUUUGAAGGCAUUGCCAGUGUGGUGUUCACUGAAGAGCUGAAUAUCACCCACAUGCAGAGCAGUGAAGGUGAAAUGGUGGAGCUCCUGGACAUCAUUUCCACCUCCAAAACCAGGGGUCAGGUGGAGAAAUGGCUUCUUGAACUGGAGAUUGGCAUGGCGGUCUCCCUGCAAAAGGUAAUUGGAGACGCAAUCAAGGCUUACCCAGAAGAGCAGAGGAUGAACUGGGUCCGGGCCUGGCCUGGCCAGACUGUCCUGUGUGUCUCACAGGUCUACUGGACCAAGGAUAUCCAUGAAGCUCUUGCUUCGGGACCGAAGGCCCUGGAUGACUACCUGGCACAGAACAACAGACAGAUUGAUGACAUCGUGGCUCUGGUCCGUGGAAAGCUGUCCAAACAAAACCGCGUGACGCUUGGAGCUCUUGUUGUGCUGGACGUCCAUGCCCGGGAUGUUUUAGCCACACUGGUGCAAAAAGGAAUAAAAGACGAAAAUGACUUUGAGUGGCUGAGCCAGCUGCGAUACUACUGGCUGGAUGGUCAGCUUCACACCAAGAUGAUCAAUGCUGGUUUACCUUACGGCUAUGAAUACCUGGGCAACACGCCGAGGCUGGUUAUUACUCCACUCACUGACCGCUGUUACCGUACUUUGUUUGGAGCCCUCCACCUCCAUUUGGGAGGGGCCCCUGAGGGCCCUGCAGGCACAGGGAAGACGGAGACCACCAAAGACUUGGCCAAAGCCGUGGCCAAGCAGUGUGUGGUUUUUAACUGCUCAGAUGGACUGGACUACAUUGCGCUGGGCAAAUUCUUCAAAGGCCUUUUGUCCUGUGGAGCCUGGGCCUGCUUUGACGAGUUUAACCGCAUCGACCUGGAGGUGUUGUCCGUGGUGGCCCAGCAGAUUCUCACCAUCCAGAGAGGGAUCGCUGCCCACGCUGAAAUGCUGCUUUUUGAGGGGACAGAGCUGAAACUGGACCCCUCGUGUGCCGUGUUCAUCACCAUGAAUCCUGGCUACGCUGGACGCUCAGAGCUGCCAGACAAUCUCAAGGCUCUGUUCAGAACUGUGGCUAUGAUGGUGCCAGAUUACGCCAUGAUUGCAGAGAUCGUCCUCUACUCCUGCGGCUUUGUGACGGCGCGGCCUCUUUCAGUGAAAAUCGUGGCCACUUAUCGGCUGUGUUCAGAGCAGCUGUCCUCCCAGAGUCACUACGACUACGGCAUGAGAGCCGUCAAAUCUGUGCUGACUGCUGCAGGAAACCUGAAGCUGGCUUUUCCAGACGAGAAUGAGGACACCCUGUUGCUGAGAUCCAUCAUCGAUGUCAAUCUGCCAAAGUUCCUGGCCCACGAUCUGAAGCUUUUUGAGGGUAUUACCUCUGAUCUCUUCCCGGGUGUCAAACUCCCCAAACGAGACUAUAACACUCUCCUGGAGGCCAUUAAGGAAAACUGCCAGCUCAUGAACCUUCAAGUCACCGAGUUCUUCGCUGAGAAAAUCUUGCAGAUCUACGAGAUGAUGAUCGUCAGGCAUGGCUUCAUGCUCGUGGGCGAACCCUUUGGAGGAAAAACCUGUGCCUACCGUGUGCUGGCCGCAGCUCUUCAUGACAUCUUUAAAAAGGGUCUGAUGGAGGAGAACCAGGUCCAGAUCACAGUAAUCAACCCCAAAUCCAUCACCAUGGGCCAGCUGUACGGCCAGUUUGACCCCGUCUCUCAUGAGUGGUCCGAUGGCAUCCUGGCUGUCAGCUACAGAAGCUUCGCCUCCUCCAAGAGUCCUGACAGGAAAUGGCUGAUCUUCGAUGGUCCAGUCGAUGCCGUGUGGAUCGAGAACAUGAACACAGUGCUGGAUGACAACAAGAAGCUGUGUCUGAUGAGUGGCGAAAUUAUUCAGAUGUCGCCACAGAUGAGCCUCAUCUUUGAGCCCAUGGACCUGGAAGUGGCAUCUCCAGCUACGGUGUCUCGCUGUGGAAUGAUCUACAUGGAGCCCCACAUGCUCGGCUGGAGACCCCUCUUGCUGUCUUGGCUCAACACGCUGCCAACUACAGUCAAUGAUAGGCACAAAAGCCUCAUCACCGGGCUCUUUGACUGCACACUGCCCUCCUGCCUGCAGCUCAUUCGAAAGGCGACCAAGGAGUUGUCCCCGACCUCCGACGCCAACCUAGUCAAGUCCCUGAUGGAUCUGAUGGACUGCAUGAUGGAUGAGUUUCACGACCAAGCAAAGAUUAAGAGCAUGAGUGAAAACAAUAUCUGCUCCUGGUUGGAGGGCAUCUUUGUGUUCUGCCUGGUGUGGUCAGUGGGUGGCAGCUGUGACGACUCGGGCCGAGAGAAGUUCGACUCUGUGGUGCGAGAGAUGCUGAGCGGCCCUUUGAGCACAGAGACGAUGACCCGUCACGGCAUCCUGGGCGGUUCUGAAGGUCCGCCGGAACCGCUGACAGUUCCUCUGCCCACUGAGGGCACCGUCUACCAGUACCGCUUCAUUAAAGAGGGCCCAGGCAGGUGGGAGCUGUGGACGGACCAGCUGAAGAGCACCCCCAGCAUAAGCAGAGACAUGCAGUUCAACGAGAUCAUCGUGCCCACUGAGAACACCGUUCGCUACAUGGCGCUCAUGGAGCUGCUGGUUACUCACCAGAAACCCACUAUUUUCAUUGGCCCAACAGGCACAGGGAAGAGUGUCUACAUAACUGACUUCCUGCUGACUAAGCUGCAGAAGGAUGUGUACAGCCCGCUAUUUAUUAGCUUCUCAGCCCAGACCACAGCGGCCCAGACCCAAAACCUCAUCAUAUCGAAGCUAGAUAAGCGGCGCAAAGGAGUGUUCGGGCCUCCGCUGGGAAAGAAAAUGGUGGUGUUUGUAGAUGAUGUUAACAUGCCAGCCAGGGAGGUGUAUGGCGCUCAGCCCCCUGUGGAGCUGCUGCGUCAGUGGCUGGACCACUGGAACUGGUACGACAUGAAGGACUGCUCCGUGAUCAGCCUGCUGGAUAUCCAGAUCAUCUGUGCCAUGGGGCCACCAGGUGGUGGAAGGAAUCCUGUCACACCUCGUUUCCUGCGGCAUUUUAAUGUGAUCACCAUAAACGAAUUUGAUGAGAAGACCAUGUUUACAAUCUUCUCCCGGAUCACAGAAUGGCAUUUCAGCACACGGUUUUCCUUCCCAAAGCCGUUUGCGGCCUUGACCUCUGAGAUUGUCAGCAGCACUCUGUCUGUGUACCGGGAGGCGACCAAGAACCUGCUGCCAACGCCUGCUAAAUCCCAUUAUUUGUUUAAUCUGCGUGAUGUUUCCCGGGUCGUCCAGGGCAUCUGCCUGUCAAGACCAGAAACAGCAGAAGAGCCGUCUGUCAUCAGAAGACUCUGGGUCCAUGAGGUUCUCAGGGUGUACUGCGAUCGGUUGGUCCACGACUCCGACCGCUCCUGGCUCGUUGGCCAUUUGCAGGUCGUGGUUCAGGACCACAUGAAGGAAAACUUCCACCAGCUCUUCCAGCAUCUGGACCAGGACCAGGACGGCGUGGUGACGGACGACGACCUGCGCAGCCUCAUGUUCUGCGAUUUCCACGACCCCAAGGGCGAGGACCGCAACUACCGCGAGGUCCACGACCUGGAGAAGCUGCGUCAGGUGGUGGAGUCGCACCUGGACGAGUACAACAACAUCAGCAAAGCCCCCAUGAACCUGGUGCUGUUCCGCUUCGCCAUCGAGCACGUCUGCCGCAUCUCUCGCAUCAUCAAGCAGCCGAGUGGGCACGCCCUGCUGGUGGGAGUGGGCGGCAGCGGGCGGCAGUCGCUCACCCGGUUGGCGGCCUACAUGGCCGAGGCAGAACUUUUUCAGGUGGAAAUCACCAAGACCUACGGGAGCAAUGAAUGGCAUGACGACCUUAAGCUAAUCAUGAGGAAGUCCACCCAGGGCGAAGCUCACGGCGUGUUCCUCUUCACCGACACUCAGAUCAAAAUGGAGUCCUUCCUGGAGGACAUUGGCAACCUGCUCAACACCGGCGAGGUACCCAACCUGUUUGCCGUGGACGAGAAGCAGGAGAUCUGUGAGAAGAUGCGCGUGCUGGACCGCCAGCGGGAUCGAGACAAGCAGACGGACGGCAGCCCUUUGUCUCUGUUCAACAUGUUCUUAGAGCGCUGCCGCACGCAGCUGCACGUGGUGCUGGCCAUGAGUCCCAUCGGCGACGCCUUCAGGGACCGCUUGAGACGAUUCCCCGCGCUCAUUAACUGCUGCACCAUUAACUGGUUUCAGACUUGGCCUGAGGAUGCCCUGCAAGCGGUGGCUGAUCGCUUCCUAGAGGACGUUGAGAUGACGAAUGAGACCCGAGAAGGCUGCAUCAACAUGUGCAAGAGCUUCCAUACGUCCACCAUCGAGCUGUCGGCUCGCUUUCUGGAUGAACUGCAGCGCCACAACUAUGUCACCCCGACUUCAUACCUGGAGCUCAUCUCUACCUUCAAAGCUCUGCUGGGGACAAAAAGAGCUGAGGUGAUGAAACUAAAAUACCGUUAUCAAGUUGGCCUUGAGAAGCUGGAGUUAGCUGAAGGCCAGGUGACGACCAUGCAGGCUGAGCUGGAAGCCCUGAAGCCACAGCUGCGUGUGGCCGGCAAGGAGGUGGAUGAGAUGAUGGUGGUGAUGGAGCGUGAAUCCAAGGAGGUGGCCGAGAAGGAGAAGGUGGUGAAGGAGGACGAGGCCGUGUCCAACCAGCAAGCCAUGGCUGCCAAGGCCAUAAAGGAUGACUGUGACGCAGACCUGGCCGUAGCCACGCCCAUCCUCAAUUCUGCUUUAGAUGCGUUGAACACUCUCACCCCUCAGGAUAUCACGCUGGUGAAGUCCAUGAAAAACCCGCCCCCAGCUGUCAAACUGGUGAUGGAGGCCAUUUGCAUUCUUAAAGGUGUCAAGCCAGAUCGAGUGCCGGAUCCCUCGGGUUCUGGUAAAAAGGUUGAGGACUACUGGGGUCCAGCCAAAAAGCUUUUGGGAGACAUAAAGUUUCUGCAGAGCCUCCAUGAGUACAAUAAGGACAACAUUCCAGCAAACCUGAUAGCGGUCAUCCGCCAAAAGUACAUCACCAACCCAGACUUUGUUCCAGAGAAGAUCAGAACUGCCUCUACUGCAGCCGAAGGCAUGUGUAAAUGGGUCUGUGCCAUGGACAAGUACGAGAAAGUGGCCAAGGUUGUUGCUCCAAAGAAAGCCAAGCUUAAAGAAGCUGAAGAGGAGCUGAAGGUGGCCACGGAUGCCCUGAACAUUAAGCAGGCCGCCCUCAAAGAGGUCCAAGAUCAGCUGGCAAAGCUUAAAGAGACGUUGGAGUCAAACAAAAAGAAAAAAGCCGAUCUGGAGGAUCAGGUUGAUCUGUGCAAUAAGAAACUAGAGCGAGCCAAUCAGCUGAUUGGAGGCCUGGGUGGAGAGAAGACUCGCUGGAGUGAAAUGGCCUUAAACCUGGGACAGCUCUAUGAUAAUCUGACUGGGGACAUCCUCAUCUCAGCAGGCAUCGUGGCUUACCUGGGAGCCUUCACCUCCAACUACAGACAGGACCAGACGGAGAAGUGGAUAAAUCAGUGUAAGAGCAUAGAGAUCCCGUGUUCUGCCAACAUGUCCCUCAUGAACUCACUGGGGGACGCGGUGAAGAUCCAAGCGUGGACCAUCGCUGGCCUCCCUUCAGACAGCUUCUCCAUAGACAACGGCAUCAUGAUAUCCAAUGCCAGGCGAUGGCCUCUGAUGAUCGAUCCCCAAGGCCAGGCCAACAAAUGGGUGAAAAACAUGGAGAAAGCCAACAGCCUGCAUAUCAUCAAGCUGAGCGACUCUGACUUUGUGCGCACUCUGGAAAACUGCAUCCAGUUUGGAACUCCAGUGCUGCUGGAGAACAUUGGCGAGGAGCUGGACCCCAUCCUGGAGCCUCUCCUGCUCAGGCAGACCUUCAAGCAGGGCGGGGCGCUGUGCAUCCGUCUGGGAGACACAACCAUCGAGUACGCUCCCGAUUUCCGCUUCUAUAUCACCACAAAACUACGCAACCCUCACUACUUACCUGAGACCUCCGUGAAGGUGACGCUGCUGAACUUCAUGAUCACCCCUGAGGGCAUCCAGGAUCAGCUGCUGGGGAUCGUGGUGGCUCGGGAGAGGCCAGAUCUGGAGGAAGAGAAACAGGCUCUCAUCCUGCAGGGUGCAGAAAACAAAAGACAACUGAAGGAGAUAGAGGACAAAAUCUUGGAGGUGCUCUCCUCCUCUGAAGGCAACAUUCUGGAGGACGAAACAGCCAUCAAGAUCCUGUCCUGCUCCAAGGUGCUAGCUAAUGAAAUCUCAGAAAAGCAGGCCGUGGCUGAAGAGACGGAGCAGAAGAUCGAUAAGACCCGCAUGGGCUACAAACCCAUUGCAGUUCAUUCUUCCAUCCUGUUCUUCUCCAUUGCCGACCUGGCGAACAUUGAGCCGAUGUACCAGUACUCCCUGACCUGGUUCAUCAACCUCUUCAUCAACUCCAUCGAGAACUCAGAGAAGACUGACGACCUGGAUCAAAGAUUGCAGAUCCUGAAGGACCAUUUUACCUACGCUCUGUAUGUCAACGUGUGCCGCUCCCUGUUUGAGAAGGACAAGCUGCUGUUUUCCUUCUGCCUCAGCGUCAGUCUGCUCAUGCACAACAAGCUGGUGGAUGAGGCGGAGUGGCGCUUCCUUCUCACCGGCGGCGUAGGCCUGGACAACCCUCACGCCAAUCCCUGCAGCUGGCUUCCCAAUAAAUCCUGGGAUGAAAUCUGCCGUCUGGACGAAAUGGAAAGUUUCCAAAACUUCCGUCAGGAUUUGAUGGAAAGCCUCAGCGAGUGGAAACAGGUUUACGACAGCCAGAACCCUCACCAGACGGCAUUCCCAGGCGCAUGGCAGGAGAAGCUGAACCGCUUUCAGAAGAUGAUCGUGAUCCGUUGUCUCAGACCCGACAAGAUCGUCCCCAUGGUCCAGGAGUUUGUUUCAGGCAGCCUGGGCCAGCCCUUCAUCGAGCCGCCGCCCUUCAACCUGAGCACGGCCUUCACAGACAGCCACUGCUGCGCCCCCCUCAUCUUCAUCCUGUCCCCCGGCUCAGACCCCAUGGCGGCGCUGCUUAAAUUCGGAGAUGAGAAGGGCUUUUCUGGAAACAAGCUCACCUCCCUGUCUCUGGGCCAAGGCCAGGGUCCUAUAGCCAUGAAUAUGAUUCAGACGGGCAUUAACGAGGGCACGUGGGUGGUUCUGCAGAACUGCCACUUAGCCACUUCCUGGAUGUCAACACUGGAGCGAGUUUGUGAGGGCCUGGGCCCAGACGCCACCCACCCAGACUUCAGGCUGUGGCUGACCAGCUACCCCUCUCCCACCUUUCCUGUGACCGUGCUCCAGAACGGAGUGAAGAUGACCAACGAAGCUCCAAAAGGCCUGCGCUCCAACAUCGGCCGCUCUUUCCUGAUGGACCCCAUCUCCGACCCCGACUUCUUCAACAGCUCCAGCAAGCCGGCUGUGUUCAAGAAAAUGCUCUACGGCUUGUGCUUCUUCCACGCCCUGGCCCAGGAGAGAAGGAAGUUUGGACCACUAGGCUGGAACAUCCCGUACGAGUUCAAUGAGACGGACCUACGGAUCUCUGUGCAGCAGCUGCACAUGUUCCUGGAACAGUACCAGGAAGUCCCGUUCGAUGCCCUGCGCUACAUGACCGGAGAGUGCAACUACGGAGGACGUGUCACCGAUGACUGGGACAGACGAACCCUGCGCACGAUCCUCUCCAUCUUCUACACCUCACAAAUUAUCCAGGACCCUGACUAUAAGUUUGAUGCCAGCGGGCAUUACCGUGCGCCACCAGAGGGCGACUACAACAGCUACUUGGAGUUCACAAAGUCACUUCCCCUCAACCCGUCGCCAGAGAUUUUUGGCAUGAACGCCAACGCAGAUAUCGCCAAGGAUCAGGCGGAGACGCAGCUUCUGUUUGACAGCAUCCUGCUCACACAGUCCCGCUCUGCAGGCGGAGACGGCAAAUCCUCCGACGACAUGGUGUUUGAAGUGGCAGCUGAUAUCCUGAGCAAGCUGCCAGCAGACUUUGACUUGGAGGCCGCGCUGAGGCGCUUUCCCACCAGCUACGAGCAGAGCAUGAACACUGUGCUGGUGCAGGAGAUGGGCCGCUUCAACAACCUGCUCAGCACCAUCCGCAGCUCCUGCAUCAACAUCCAGAAGGCCAUUAAGGGUCUGGUGGUGAUGUCAGCGGAGCUGGAGGAAGUAGUCAGCAGCAUCCUGAAGGGCCGUAUCCCCGGCAUGUGGAUGAAGAAGUCCUACCCCAGCCUGAAACCGCUAGGAAGCUACGUCAACGACUUCCUGCAGCGACUCAAGUUCUUACAGGACUGGUACGAUGAGGGCACGCCUGCCGUGUUCUGGAUAUCAGGCUUCUUCUUCACCCAGGCCUUCCUCACAGGCAGCCAGCAGAACUAUGCCAGGAAGCACACCAUUCCCAUCGACCUGCUGGGCUUUGACUUCCAGGUCCAGGACGAGGGUCAAUACCCCGACCCCCCAGAGGACGGUGUUUACGUCAGAGGUCUGUUCCUGGACGGCGCUCGCUGGGACAGGGACACCAAACUUCUGGCCGAGUCCUUCCCCAAAGUGCUGCACGACGCCAUGCCGGUGAUGUGGCUGAAGCCCCUGAAGCGACAGGAUGUUCCUCAGAGGAUGUGCUACCUGGCCCCCGUCUACAAGACGAGCGAGCGGCGAGGCACCCUGUCCACCACCGGACACUCCACCAACUACGUCAUCGCAAUGACGCUGAACUCGGACGUCCCCGCCGAGCACUGGAUCAGAAGAGGAGUCGCUCUGCUCUGCCAGCUCAGCUCGUAGCUGCAGCUUUGAUUCAGUGGCAAAAUGGAAAUAAAAAGACCGACAGUCUGCAGUUUGUCUGCAUAGGGUCAGAAACACAAUAAAUCCAAUACGAUCAGAUAA